UAAAUCUCCAUUUCCUCCCCCCGUUCCGUUCCAUUCUCCGCCUCUCUUCUCUUCUUUUCCGUCCUCUUUCUCUGUGGCCAUGGGAUCUUGCUCCGAAGUCGAGCUCACCAUCGCCUCCGGCCACGAUCUCAAGAACGUCAACUGGCGCAACGGCGAUCUCUGCCCCUACGUCGUCGUAUGGGUCGAUCCCGCCGCCAAGUGCUCCACCCGCGUUGCCACCGCCGGCGAUGACGACGACCCGAUUUGGGACGAGAAGCUCACGCUGCCGCUUCCGCCGGGGGUCCCGCUCGAGGACGCCGCCAUCUACAUGGACGUCGUCCACGCCGGUGGCGGUGAGGGCGUCAAGCCCCUCGUCGGAUCGGCCCGACUCCGCCUCGCGGAAGUCCUCGACGAGGUCGGCGCCGGCGCGAAGCUGACGAAGAAACUGAAGCUUAAGCGCCCAUCCGGCCGCCCCCAAGGCAAGCUCGAGGUGACGGUGGCGAUCAAGGAGCCGGCCCGUUACUGCGACCCCUACGCCGCGCCGCCUCCCAGGGACUAUGCGCCCUCCGGCGCCAGGUACGGCUACGGGCAACCACCGACGGAGUACUCGUACGGCCCUCCCUCGGGGGCAGGAGGGUACGGGUACGAUUACGGGGCUCCGCCGGUGGGCUACGGGCAGGAGCAACAGAAGAGCAAGUCGAAGAUGGGGAUGGGUACGGGGUUGGCGGUGGGGGCGGCGGCGGGGUUGCUCGGGGGGCUGGCGAUCGCGGAGGGAGUGGACUACGUGGAGGACAAGAUCGCCGACGAUGUGGCGGAUAAGGUGGAGGACGACGUCGCCGACGACGGUUACGAGGACGACGACUUCUAACUGUCUAAUCCGGUCCAAUCGAGUCAAAAUAAAUAAAAAGCUUUGUUUAUUAUCCCUUCGACUCAUAUUUUCGUUCUGUAUUUGUGUGGUGGUUUUUAUGAGAUAAAAAAAAAUCCUAAAUAUUCCACAAAA